GAACAUGCCACAACACGAAGAUGUCUCACCUGGAAUCUGGUCGCUCCGGUUAAGUGGUAGGAUAGGGACACGUGCGGCCGAGGUUCAGACGGUAUGUCAUCUGGACCAAUUUGCCAGAUUUCUUUAUUUCUUGGGUUACGCAUCCGUCUGAAGGAGAAGGUUUUACAAGAUCUAUCUGAAAGAUGUCCGUGUCCCUGAUAAGAAGAGGCAUAAGAGCCGGAGGUCUCGCCUCCUGGUGUUACAGGAGUAAUGUGGCGUUUGGGACCUCCCAGGUCUCCACCGGCUUCAGACAACACAGUCCAAGCAAUCUGCAGAGUGAUGAGGACAGAGGCAGAGCGUAUCAGACCACAGUCGCCCCCCAGUCAGAUGAGGACGGUCCAGCAAAAGAGCCGCAUGAGGAGACGGUGGAUGUCAUAUUUGUGGACCGGGAAGGCAAGAGAAUCCCUGUGAAAGGGAAGGUCGGGGAAAGUGUAUUAUAUCUUGCUCAUAGGUAUAACAUUGACUUGGAAGGAGCCUGUGAAUCAUCCCUCGCCUGCUCCACGUGUCAGGUCUAUGUGAGCACAGAGUAUUUUGAGAAACUUCCUGAUCCAGACGAAAGGGAAGAUGACAUGCUGGACAUGGCGCCGAUGCUUCAAGAAAACUCCAGACUCGGAUGCCAGAUCAUCCUCACUAAAGAACUGAACGGAGCAGAGUUCACGCUCCCUAAAAUAACUAGAAACUUUUACGUGGACGGUCACGUGCCAAAACCGCACUGAGCGGGAAAUUCAAAUGUUUGAUCCGCAACAUAACGCACAAGAGAAGAUGGGAGCCUCUGAAGCGCGUGCAGAGCUGGGGAAGGGCGAUUUUCUACUAGCGCUUAUUCUAUAAGCCCACCAGGGGGAGCCUUCACCAACAUAAUCUUCAAAGCUGCCAUCUUGGCUAUAACCAAAAUUAUUUCUUAUUCUCUUAUUGUGAAUUAUAAAGCAAAGACGCACGGACUGGUAUGAAGAAGAUGCUGGACUCGUCAGUAUUUAUUGUCAAGGACAAUGUGAGGGCGGGAGAGCAAGCCGAUAUGUACGGCAAAGAGGAUAUGUGACAUUUUAAGAGCUAUAUAGAAUUUUCUAACAAAUUUAUUUAUUUUUCAAAUGCAGUAAAUUAAGGUUUGCAAAUAGUCUUUAGUUUAAAAUGUAAAAAUCUACCCUUUUUGUGUAUACAGCUUCUAUACAGACCUAUGUAUCUACGGGAUUACAAACGCGCGGUCUGAUCCUGCAAUGUCUUAACUCUUCCCUCAUCUUGAUGACCUAUGGAAGGGAAGUAACACAUGAGUACAGGAUGAGGGUUUGUUUGUAACCUGUAACCAUGGAGACGCAUACGUCUGCAUAAAACCUGUAUAUAAAACUUCUUUUUUUUUUUUUUAUGAAGACUAUUUACAAAGUUGUUUGUUUUGUUUUAGUUGCAUCGGAGCAAUAAAAAUAAA